CGAACAUGUGACGCGUCGACGUUCAGAUAAUUUUCAAUGAGUUGUGCGAUCGCGAGCUAUCUCGAUGUCAGCAUUACCAGGCUUCACAGCUGUUAAAGACGCUAAGACAGAAGGCGCUAUUGUCAACCUGCUGGGUGUCGUUGUGAGCUUGCAGGCUCCACGGAAAACCCGGGGCACGGACUGGAGCCUGAACUUCACUAUUCAAGAUGACUUCACCGCAGGCUCAGUUGGCGGCAGCUCCAGCAUGGGCUGUUGCGUGUUCAAGCCGUCCAAGAGCAGUCUGCCCAAAAUCAGGGGCGUUGGCGACAUCGUCAUUCUACGCAAGUUCAAGCUGAACGCUUGGCGAGAGCGUAUGGACUGUGUCAGCAACCUUGGAAGUGGGAUUCUGGUCUUUCCAGCGAACAAGAUCCCUGUACCAGAGUUGAGCCAGGCAUAUCUACUUGGAACACAACGGCUACCAUAUCACUCUUCUCCCGGGGCCAGGGAACCCACAACACAAGAGCAGAAAGCAGUCCUGCAGUUGAAACAUUCCUCGUCUGGCUCUGCGCAGGAUGUCCAACAGCAUGCUUCUAUCGCUUCCCUCAAUGCCACUAGCAGGCGCAAGGAGGCUUUGAUCAAGGACCUCACUUUUGACAGGUUCUACGAUAUCAAAGCUCAGGUCGUGAAUAUCUACUACUCCAACGCCGGAACCGUGGAGCUCAAGGUCACAGACUACACGGCUAACAAGGAUCUUUACGAAUAUUGCGAUCCAGAUAUAGACGGUGAUCUGGUCUUCAAGCACGACUGGCGCGGUCCGUUCGGACAAGUGACGUUAGAUGUACGACUCUACGAGCCUCACGCUGCGUGGGCACGUGGGAACCUCACAGACGGCGACUUUGUCUACCUCCGAAACGUGCACACCAAGACGUCGCCUGCCAAUAUGCUUGAAGGUGCAAUGCAUCAAGAUCGGCAAAUGCCAAAUCAAGUUGAUGUGCGCAAACUCUCACAUCACCCAGCGAUAGAGGAGAUCAACCAGCGCAAAGAAGCGUACGAGCAGCAACGAACGAAACGAGGAAACAUCCAUCUCGCCAAUGCUCCCAAGAAGCCAUCGGCAAAGGCGUCUGCGAAGAAGAAGUCUGAGAAGCGAGAAAAGCAACGUUUGCAGAAAGAGGCAGAGUUGAGGGAGAUCGAAGAGAAAGAAGAGAGUUGGGAGGCUGAACGCAGUGGCAUCAACUUGAACGUUCGUGCUGGGUUCCCUGAACUGCAACGCUCAACAUUAUCCGAGAUCAUCAACAAUCCUCACCUGCAAGCGAAGACUGCCACAAAAUACAACCCCUUCACACUACCAUUCGUCAACUGCAAGCACCGAUCCCGUGUCAGAGUCGUCGACUUUUACCCACCGGAGCUUGAAUACUUUGCACAUUGUAUGAACGACCCCAGUUGGACGCCACGAUCGAAGUACCAUUGUUGGGAAUGGGGCUUCGUCCUGCUACUGGAGGAUGCAAGUGUUCCACGCGACACGGUACCUGAGCAGCUGCGUGUCAUUGUGAACAACGAUGCUGCUCAGUACCUCGGGCUGCCAAACGCAAGAGACCUCAAAGCGGAGCCCAGAGUCCUCGACCAGCUCAAAGAAAAGCUGUUCAUCAUGUGGGGCAAUUUAGCUGAGUUGAAAGGCGAACUGAGGGCCCGCAGUGCAGACCUUCCACUUCUACCUGGAGACAACAGACUGCAAAACAAGCCGUUCGACUGCUGUAUCGAGGAAUAUGGCCAUGAGGUUCCGGUGAGCGAGGAGAACCCGACAGGGUAUCAACGACUCCACAAACUUGCUCUGACAAAGAUCAUGAGCUGAACUUGAAGAUGUUUGUCUGGAAAUUUGAACAUAGCUGGCCGAAGCAGGAGGUUUUCAGGUGUUGAUUAAGCCCAGGUUCAUGUAUUUCUUUCCCGUCCAUGAUACCCAAUCAAUAUCGAUUACGACUAUCUGCUUAUAGGGUCCUUCGGUUCUCAGUCCU